AUGACAACACACAUCGCAGGCCAUGAGGGCGUUGGCAAUGUGGUUGACGUGGGCGAAGGUGUUUCGCCUCUACUUUUGGCAAAUUAUGUUGGUGUCUCGUGGCUUCACCAAUCCUGUGGCAAGUGUGAUACCUGCUCAGUGGACUAUACGUAUUGUCCGAACCAGUUGAAUACCGGAAGGAAUGUACCAGGAACAUUUCAGCGUAAGUACCUCUCGCCUGCGGAGACUGUGCAUCGUCCGUCAAUACCAUCUUCUAAGCCUUCAACAAUAGAGUACUGCCUGGCAGACUCUGACUUCAUUACUGCGAUCCCGGCCGGUCUUCCUGCAGAGAUCGCUGCACCCCUUCUCUGCGGUGGAAUCUCUACGUAUGGUGCCAUUCUCCGCGCGAAUUUGAGCCCGAGGAGCUUUGUUGUGAUUCCAGGCGCAGGGGGAGGACUCGGCCACCUAGGCGUUCAGAUCGCAUCAAACCUGGGCCAUCGAGUCAUUGCAAUUGACUCCGCCCUGAAGGAGGAAUUGUGCCUUGCCCAGGGUGCAGAGCAUUUCUUCAGCCUAAGCUCGGCAGAGUUGGUAGAUCAAAUUCUAUCCGUCACCUCCGGAGGCGCCCAUGCCGUUAUUUGUGUGGCUGGUGCGCCAGCAGCCUACGACAUGGCGAUUUCCAUGCUUCGCAAUUGUGGAAAGUUGGUCUGUGUGGGUAUUCCUCCUUCGUCCUACCGUCUCGCGGUCAGCCCCUUCGAGAUGUUGGUCAAAGGGAUUCACAUCAUCGGCUCAACUGUUGGGGACCGAGCUCAGAUACGUGAGCUAAUGAAAAUGGCCGUAGAUGGCAAGGUCAAACCAAAGGUGACAGUGUUUGGAUUUGAGGAUUUGCCUUCGAUUUUGGAUAGUCUGAAUAACUCAAAGGUCGAGGGACGAUCGGUGGUCAGAUUUUAG